AAUAUUUAUUAUUGUAUGUGCGCAAUCCUGGUGACCACGUGCACCAGCAGAUUUAACAAACUGAACGAGACCAUCAGCCUACCAGGACCUACUGUGCACAGCAUCUUGGAGGAGGUGGAGUGGAUAGAGGACCUCUCACAGGAGGAUGAGCCAGUGUGCAACAACAGUGACCCCUUCAUCCUAGCAGUGGUGCCGUCAGCCCUGCACCACUUCACGGAGAGGAAUCGCAUCAGGGACACCUGGGCUAAUCCCAGCCUCUAUCCCUUCACCAGGAUCAGGGCAUUGUUCGUGCUGGGAGCCACCGACAACUUCAUUCUACAAGACCAGAUCUUCCAAGAGAUGGAUAUCAACCACGACAUCAUCCAGAACACCUUCUUUGACACCUACAGAAACCUGACGUACAAAAGCAUCUCGUGGUUGUCGUGGGUGAGGGACUUUUGUCCAGACACGCCCUUCAUAGUGAAGGUGGACGAUGAUCUGGUGGUAAACCCCUUCCACCUGGUCGCUUACCUUCAGGAGGAAAUCCACAAGGAUUCGGCGCCCGCCAAGAUCCACGGGCGCUUCUGGAAAGGGGCCAAGCCUCACAGGAACGGCAAAUGGGCCGUUACCGAGGAGGAGUACCCGGAGGAGAUCUUCCCACCGUUUGUUUUGGGUCCUGCGUACAUCCUGGGCCGCAACGCUGUUGACCGCCUGCUGGCCUACAUUUCUCACACUCCCUUCCUCUGGCUGGAGGACGUCUACAUCACAGGACUUGUCGCUCAUGCCGCAGGAAUAAAACACGUCCAAGUAGACAAAGUCCUCUAUACGAAGAAACUCACGAAGAAGCUGUACUCGGGUCAACAAGUUUUUUAUAUAGACGCCAGUGAGAAGAACAAAGCUGUCUCUUGGGCGAAGAUUCUCAAGUACGCCCAGUACAAAAAGCGCAGCAGGCAAAGAAAUGAUGGCUGUCAUUGCAAUAUAUGA